AUGAGUGCCGCAAGACCCCAGAUAUCUGCGGCCCCAAGGCCACGUGUAUCAGCACCAAUGGGACCUACCGUUGUGAGUGCCAGGCCGGCUACAUCCCCUCCAACGUGAACACAACCAUGUGCAAAGUCCCCAGCAUUAACUCCAGCGUUCAGUUCCAGGCGAUCAAAGAGACGUUCAGGAAUUUCUCUCUGCCGGUAAAGGAGAGCGGCGAAAGCAGCAGUUUUUCCUCUUUCUUUAAUUCGACCGUAGACAUUUUGAUGUCCAUGUUUGGAGACGGGAGUGCGACGAUAUCACUGGAGAAUGCGACUCUCCCUUUCAACUCCGUCCUGAACAGCACCUCCCUCUGGGAUGAGGGAGACAAGGGGGAGGUUGUGUCGGGUGUAACAUUAGUCCUGCAGACAAUGGAACUGUCCACGCUGGCCAUUGCACUCCAGUCUCCGGAGAAGACAACACAGAACAUGACGACAGAGUCUAUGGCUAUCCAGACACGGCUCAUCACAGGGAACUGCAGCCACCAGAGCAAAGACUUCAAGCUGACCGCUCACGAGGAGACGAUGGUCGUGCACUGUGAAUCAGUCACCGGGGCAGCCACACAAGCAGGUUUAGGGGCUGCUGCUUUUAUUUCCUACUCCACCCUGGACUCCAUCAUCAAUGCGACUCUUCCCAGCGAGGGAAAUCAACUGGCUGGUGGGAAGCUGGAGAACGGUCAUCUCAACUCCAGGGUGGUGAGUGGGGCCAUCGGAGACGGGAGACCCAUUAACCUCUCCAGACCCGCAAACUUCACCCUGCGCCACAGACAGGCCAAAAAAGAGGACGAAGAGGCUCACUGUGUCUACUGGAAAGUAGAGGCUGAGAAGGGCAGCUGGUCUCAAGACGGCUGCACCGCCGUGUACACGAACAGCACUCACACCAACUGCAGCUGUGACCAUCUCUCCAGCUUUGCCAUCUUAAUGGCUCCCACCACAGUGACGGAGAGUUACCCAUUGACCAUCAUCACCUACGUGGGACUGACCCUCUCCCUGCCGUGCCUCUUCCUCUCCAUCCUCACCUUCCUCCUGUGCCGCUCCAUCCGCAACGUCAGCACCUCCCUCCACCUGCAGCUCUGCCUCUGCCUCUUCCUGGCCGACCUGCUCUUCCUCACCGUGGUUACCCGCACCCGCAGUAAGGUGGCGUGUGCUGUCAUUGCUGGGCUCCUACACUACCUCUUCCUGGCCUGCUUCUCCUGGAUGUUCCUGGAGGGGCUGCACCUCUUCCUCACCGUCAGGAACGUGAAGGUCGUGAAUUACACCAGCGCCAGCCGGUUCAAGAAGAGAUUCAUGUACCCGUUCGGCUACGGAUUCCCAGCCCUGGUGGUGGCUAUUUCUGCAGCGGUGAAUCCUUACGGCUACGGAACUUCCGAACACUGCUGGCUAAGCCCGGAGAGAGGAUUUAAUUGGAGCUUCCUGGGUCCAGUCUGUGUCAUAAUCCUGAUAAAUAUAACGUUCUUUGCCCUGACCCUGUGGAUCCUGAGAAACAGUCUCUCCUCCCUCAAUGCAGAUGUGUCCACCCUCAAAUACCACAGGUUACUGACCUUUAAAGCCAUCGCCCAGCUCUUCAUUCUGGGCUGCACAUGGAGCCUUGGUCUCCUCCAAGUCGGCCCAGCAGCCACGGUCAUGGAGUAUUUAUUCACCAUCGUCAACAGCCUGCAGGGAGCGUUCAUCUUCCUGGUGCACUGUCUCCUCAAUCGCCAGGUGAGAGAGGAGUACAGGAGAUGGAUCAGGGGUUUCCGAACAUCGAGCACAAAAUCUCAGAUGUCUGAAUUAUCCAUGUCUCGUAUCCCUACCACCAGCACCAAGACGGACUAACCCUUCUGCCAGGCGGAGUCGGCAGCAACCAGGGCCGUGUUCAAUACCUAGGGGUUCCAAUACAAAACAGAACCGGCUGGAGCCCCUGUGAUGUUGCACUCCAUAUGCUUUAUGGAAAUAUGCUUAUGAAUAUGAUAUACUGGAAUAUACUUUAAUCUAAAUACCCCUUAUGUGCUGUUUUUAGAAAGCUUGUAUUCUACUGUGUUCAUCAUAUUUCUUUGCAUAUAUUAUUUCUAUAUCUGUAAUUAAGAGAAUAAUGUAUAAACUUGUAUCACUGUUGUAAACAUAUUAAG